CGGCUUUGCAUAAGGCUCUUGGAUGAAGGGUGCAGUGUCGACGCUGAGCAUGGAGAGUGAGCCUGAUGGCUACACUACCCAAGCUGCGUGCUUCAUGCAUCGAUCGAAUAUUGCAACUGUUGCUGCAGCCAAGAUGAUCACGUGACCCAGUAGCCCAGGGCAAUGUGACCUAAAAGAAAAGCAACUGUGAGGAUUGCUCCAGCUCUGCUCUCCCAGUUAAAGGGACACAGCAGGCAUUGCUGCUUCCCUGCUUCCCACGCCAGCUGUCCAAAUGUCAUCAGGGCCCCACCUAUAGAAGCCACUAACCUGUGACAGGAUUCUGUCACUCUCCAGCAAAGGCACAUCUGCUUUGACUUUAAUUGUGGGCAAGUUUCUUGCUGCUAGAAUGAUUCAACCACUUGGAAAAAAACAAACAAUAGAAGAGAAGGACUUUAAAAAUUAGCUUUGCCAGCCUAGCAGGCUGAGGGCUGGCAGUGGAAGGAGUUGUCUUUCAGAAGCUACCUCAGGUCAUAGGGGACUGAACAUCCCUGACUCACUUUGAACAAAUUCAUAGCUGUGCAAGAACCUCACUUUCACUGAAAGUUGCUUCAUCGCUAAAUGGAUAAAUAGAUUAAAUUCCACAUAAAGUCAAAGGAGGAUUCCCAUAUUAGGUAUGAUGUUGACUGAAAACCUGUAACUAACUACACUACACAUAUCUUUGGAAUACUAUAGUGCACCGUACCUUUGGAUUGAUAAACCCAUCAUAUCAUUGUUGGUUUAAAGAAUCACAUACCCUGGCUUGAAUGGUUCUCUGUGUACUGCUCUGAGUUCUGCUGCUGGGUGCUGUGAAGGGACCUCAGGGAAGCUCUGAAAUCAAGACAUGAAUGCAGUGACUUUUGAUGAUGUGCAUGUGAACUUCACUGAGGAAGAGUGGAAUUUGCUGGACCCUUCCCAGAAGAAUCUCUACAAAACUGUGAUGUUGGAAACCUACCUGAACCUCAAACCUAUAGGCUAUAAUUUGGAAGACCAUCAUCUUGAAGAACAUUGUCAAAGUAGUAGAAGACAUGGAAGGCAUAUAAGAAGUCAUAGAGGAGAGAAAUCCUAUGAGUGUAAUCAAUGUGGUAAAGCCUUUACAAGCCCCAGUCAUCUCCAAAGACAUAAAACAACACAUACUGGAGAGAAACCUUAUGAAUGUAAUCAAUGUGGUAAAGCCUUUGCACAGUGCAGUACUUUCCAAUGUCACAAAAAAGCACAUAGUAGAGAGAAGCUUUAUUAAUGUAAUCAAUGUGGUAAAACCAUUGCAACACCUAGUCAUCUCCAAAACCAUAAAAGAACACAUACCAAAACCUUAUUAGUGUAAUCAAUGUGGUAAAGUAUAUUUACAAGGGAGAAGUCUCCAAAUUCUCUGUGCUGGAGAGAAACCUAAUUAAUAUAAUCAUGAAUUAAGUGGGAGUUAGGGGGAUAUCAUAGUAUGAAUAUGAUAGACAUGGGUACUUGGGAUUAUUUCAAAUCUGUAGAUGGUUCUUUUGAUGCUUUGGCAAAGAAGGUUGCUGCCAUUUACCCUUGUCUGAAGAGUUUCUUGAGGCUAAGGUAAAGAGGUUUACAUUAAUUGCAUUGACAAAGUAAGUCACAAAAAUCAUGGCAUAGAAUUUGGCCUGACAGUUUUUAACAAGCAUAGAAACUAACAACAGAAAAAUACAAAAUGUAAGGAUCAAAAUGCAAGGCAUCAUCAGGAAGUUGAAUGAAGUUAAAUCCUGUGAUCAAGGAUAUUCAAUGGUAUUAAAGGAAUGCUUACAUUAGGACAAGAUUCCAUCCAGCUAAACAUAUGGAUUUGCAGUUGUAUGAAUGUGAACUGUAUCAUGUUAGUAGUUAUUAUUACCUGGUUAUUGUUUUCAUGUGGAGAUACAAAGAUAUAAGUAUGUGUCAAACUUAGAAGGGAUGGAUAUUGCUUGCUAUUCUGGGAUUUCAAUUUAAAAUCUAAAAUUAAAAGCUUAUAUCCAGACAUGGUAUUAAAUUAUUUUUAUCCCAAUGUUCAGGAGACAGAGCCCUGAAGAUCCCUGAGUUCAAGGUUAAUCUACUAAGCAAGUUUCAGGACCACCAAGCUUAGGCAGUGAAGUUUUCAAAAAAUAGAAAGUGGGUGAUAAUGUAAUGGAAGGGGCCAUGUUUCAGAUACAUCAAGCGACAGAACUCAGCAGCUUUGUCUAUGUGGCUCUGGAUUUAGAGGCAAGAAUAGAAGGAACUACUGAGACGAUUAAUGCUGGAUAGCUGCAGUUCAAGAAUUAGAGGUGAUGGAGAAGAAAUCAGCAUCACUGAGGUAAAAUAUUCUGGGUAGCAUUUUCUGAGUGACAAAGCAGGUGUGUUCCAGAGAUAGCCAAGGUUAAACCUAGUGUUGCAGUUGGACUUGGUCAUGUGUAAGAAUCACCCAGGUGGUACUGGUUUUGAAUGCAUGAAGUUGUCAUGCAGAGCAGCUGAGGCUUGGCACCACUGGGCGAUCAUAACAGAGGCUCUCUCUCUAGCCUAGUUGCAGCAUAGGAACCCAGAACCCUGAAGAUGCAAGUACCAUGGGGUGAGCAGCAAGAACAGCAGGGGCAGGAGAGUGGAGCCAAACAGAGCUUAGAGUGAUACAGAGGGCAAAGCUGGAAAAGUGACCCAGUCUCUGUGGAGGAGCAGAGAAAAUAAUGUGUGGGUCCCGGAGAUUGAAUCAAGAAGCUGUAAUAUUGACAUUACCUUGGAGACACCUAGAUUUUGAGAUGUUAGAACUGUGGGAUACCUGCUCAGGAAAACUGCUUUAAGGGAAUAAAACCAGUCAAAAAGAAAGAAUUGUGCUUCAGUGAACAAUGCAGAAAGGAGUUAUAGGUCAGAAGAAUGCUUUGACAUCAGACCUGGACAUGCAGAGUUUGAAGAUUGCUCAGCUGGCUUUUGGUCUUCUUUAGGUACAGGAUUUCCUCACAAGGACCUUUAGGAAUGGUGAAGUGUAUCCUGUUUAUAUGAAAACAUUAUGUGCUUUUUGUUUUUGAAAAUAUAUGUGAAUAUAUGUGAUUACUAUUACAUGAUAAGAUUAAUCUCAAAAGAGUCUUUGAACUUUGGACUCUUAACAUUUUUGAGACUGCUUUAUUUUGGGGACUUUUGAAGUUGGACCUCAUGUAUUCUGCAUCAUGCUUUGGUUACAUGUGGUCUCUAUACACUCACAUGUUUGAACAAUCAUAUGUAAGCCAGGCAAUGGAAAAUGAUAGAAUAAAUAUGCUUGGCUAAGGGAGUGGCACCCAACAGGGUGUGACCAUGUUGGAGAAAGUGCAUCACUUUGGCUGUGGGCUUUGAAGUUCUACAUAGUGCUGAAUAGACCCUCCUAUUAGGUUGCUGGAAGACAGAAUCAUCCUGGGUGCCUUUGAAUCUGCUUUUUCUCCAGCAUCAUAUCUGCCUUCGUGCCUGCCAUGUUUCCUGCUUUCAUGAAAAUGGACUAAACCUCUGAAACUCUAAGCCAGCCCCAAUUAAGUGGUUGCUUUUGUAGGAGUUGCCUUACUUACAUUAUUUUUGUUUGUAUUUUUUAGUUAGUCAUGUAUCUAACAACUUUUCUGAAAGCGUUUAUCAGCUCAGGAAUUGCCUUUGCAAAAUUUUGGUUCACUUAUGUAUAGGGCCAUGUCAUCUUCAAAUAAAUGUAAUUUCACUUACUCCUUUCUAAUUCAUAUUACUUUCAUCCCCUUCAGUUAUGUUGCUCUAGUUAAACUUUUAGAUAGUACUUUGAAUAUAUAGAUAAUGAACCAAUUUGCCUUGUUUGUGAAUUAGAGGAAUUGAUUGGACUAUCUCUCCAUUUAAUUUAAUGCUGGCUGUAGGCUUGUUGUAAUGUGAUGUUAGUAUGUUUAGGUAUAGCCCUUGUGUUCUUAUUUACUCCUAGAAUUUUU